AUGGCCGAUCAACCGACUUCAUUGGAGGAUGCUGUCAUCGCCGAAAUGAACGUUGAUGCCGUGAACUUAUUUUCAAAAACGUCCACCAGACUACCAGUCACCGCGGACAUUGCGGCCGAAACACUCAAGGAUCAUCAUCAACUAGAAGAAGUUUUUCAAUGCGUCAAAACUGGGAAAUGGCCAAAGAAGCCGAAUAAUCAACUACCUCGCUUCAACUCUAUGCGCAAAAUCUCCGAGCACGAGAUGCUAUUUGUUUUGGAACCUGAAUGCCAAAAGGGGAGGCGAAAAAACCAGGGACGGGGGUUGCAAAAGUUCCUGUUCAACUAUCGUCGAACGCCGUGCUCCACACUAUCCGGGCAAUCACCCGCUGAUGUGUUUCUCAGAAGACGAUUGCGCUCUACACUUACAUUGCUUAAGCCUUCGGAACCAACCAUUGGACUUCGAAGGAAUCAAAAGAUGGAAGCUCAAUUCAACAAGCAUCACGCAGCUCGCUCGAAGAUGUUCGAGCCUGACGAUCUUGUGUGGGCUCGCGACUACCGUGCUGGAUAUCCAAGAUGGACCAAGGGACGGAUACGAAUUCGUCAUGGGCAAUGUACCUACGACGUUGAGUGUCCAUCUGCUGAGAAGCCAACACAGGAUCAGGACAUUGAAUCGAAUGAGAAUCAACUGCCGACGCAGAUCGACGACGAGCCAACUGCCGACAAUCGACAAUCACGAACUAGACGCCCUCCGGUACGACUACAGAUUGAUCCGAGGAAGAAGACAUACACCGCCAGUGUACAUCUUGGGAGGGAGGUGUUGGAUCCCUACAGUGAUAUGAUUAACUAG